AUGAGUAGUCGAGUUUUUUCAAACGCUAGCUUUCAAGCAACAAAAGAUCAGUUAUCUAAUAAUAAUAAUUAUAUUUUUAAGAAACCACAGGAAAAACAAGUAUUGCAUGAGAAAAUUAAUGCUUUAAAUGUCUCAAUAAAUAUCAUUCAAGAAGAAAAUUUAGAGUUUUCAAAUUCGAUUUUAGGACAAGGUGCACAAGGUGUAGUGAGAAAGGGAAAAUACUUAGGAUCUGAAGUUGCAAUAAAGUCGAUUGUUACUACCAAAAAUGAGAAUAAAAAUCUUUUAAGGGAAAUCAAAAUUCUUGACGAAAUCAAACAUCCAAAUAUCAUUACCCUUAUGGCUGUUUGCCCAACUGUAACUCAAUGUCACAUCGUAAUAGAGUUCUUCGAGUCAAAUUUGCUCCACGAGAUUCUUUUUGAUUCAAACAUUGAAUUAAAAUUAGAUAUUGCAUCGAAAAGUAGCAUUGCAUUUCAAUUGUGUGAAGCUGUAUCUUACCUACAUCAACAACCCCAACGAUUCAUCGUUAAAAUGUGUGAUUUAGGUUUAAGUAAAAGCAGCUUAUUAUCAGAAACUUUGGAGUCUACCAUUGUCGGUCGUUGUGCAGGCACUUUACUCUAUAUGGCUUCAGAGAUUUUAAUGCAUUCGAAAGUUGCCAACGAAGCUACCGACGUAUGGUCUGUCGCAUGCACAUUGGUGGAAUUGUUUACUGCAAAAAAAGUAUGGAAUGUUAAGAAUGCUUUUGACAUAACGAAAAUAUUAUUAAAACAUGAUACACCAAAUUUGGAGGGUUUACCAAUUUUCUUGCGUGAUGAUUUGAAAAAUUGUUUUAGUUAUAAAGCAGAAGAGCGACCUAUGAUAAGCGAUCUCUUAGACUUACUCCGACUGCAUAAUGAGUUUUCAUUGCGUUCCUAA